UCCAGCUGUCCACUAUGGUUUUCGAUUUCUGAUGUAAACACAUACGACUGCGUUUUGCAUUGGAAUAGCACGAACUGUAUUGAUUUUAUUUACUGUAUUGUUUACGAAAUAUUUAGUGAUAAGAUACGUAACUAUAACUCUAAGCAACAAUAUCUUGGAUAAUAGCUAAAAACUUGUAGUAAAUAAUAAAUUCAUUGAACUACCUAUAGAUUGCACGUCGCCCCAUAAAUCUGCAGUUCCUUUUUUUGUGAUAUUCAGCGAUAUCUUUCACUUGCCAGUUCAGGUUUGCAUCUCAGUCAAGACCUCCAACAAAAUGGACGGAGGCGACGGAGCAGGAGAUGGAGGCAGCUUUGAUGCGUGUGAAUGCAUUUACAGCCAUCAAGCUGGGAUGCAGAGGCUGAUUAGUUAUUUACGUCAGGCGCAGUCAGAUUGCACAGAUUCGGAAUGUUUCAAUGAAACUCCGGGUUCACGGGAUUCCACGCAAGCUAGUGAUCCUUCGAAUUACACUGGGAUUUUGCUUAUGUUUACCUGGCUGAUGAUUGCACUCGUUUUGUACUUUAUGCGACCUGCCGCAAUGCGACGAGGAGAUCAAGGAAAGGGCAAUAACGACAGAAAUAGUCACCAGGAUGGCGACCAUAUGCCACCCGCCCCACCUGUGAUGUGAAUCCCGAUGGUGUUAUGCCUGGAGCCUAUUAGAAGGAUAAAAAAGCCGUCUACAUUCGCAUGUAACCUGACCACUUUGUUGUGCUAAGGAAGCAAGCGGAAGAUUAUCUUGCUCUUUCUUUGGAAUAUUGUCGCCAAUACCAUUCUAUCUGACCUAUGUACAGUCGAUAAUGCGCCCAUACUUCACGAAUUGCUGUUCGCUACAGUUUUAUACUCUUAUAUUCUGCUUGCCUUCGUUUAAGUUUUGCUGAUGCCAGCGUUGCCCGUUAGCAUCAUUUUAUGAUCCGAUAUAGAUUACUUGCGAAUUCUUUCGAUUUUGUAAUGGGUUUAUCUGUCAUUUCUAUACCGUUACAAAUUACAGUUCUGGUGAAAGUUUAUGACUCGCCCUUUGUUUUGCAACUCGGAGCGAUCAUUGAAAGGUGAUCGUUUAGCUUGUUAGGAAAUGUAGUUUAUGUUUUCGUUUUAUUGUCCUUACGUGAACGACGUCGGCAUUAAGCUUUUAUAGACAGCCAUUAAAGCACUAUGUGUUCUGCUGA